AUGUAUGCCUGUGCAUCGACCUGGCACUAUAAAGUGCUAAAGUGCUGGAUGUCGCAAGACAUUCGUAGUGGUAUUGGCGGUCAUUCGAUUAUCAGUGACUUUUCUGAAUGGUCAAGGCAUCCCAUAGACGACCUCUUCCGUGAGAUUGUAGACUACCAGCGUCGAGUUGUGGUUGUCGAAGUUGGAGGCUUCUGGCAGAUCGAGGAUGAGAUCGCCGAGCAAGAGGAGAACAUCCGAAAAGACCUGGCAGAUUGGAUGGAGCUCUUCUCUGAGGAUGGAGAGAAGUUCUUCUACAACAAACACACAGAGGAAAGCAGGUUUGAUGAUCCGCGCAUGGCAGUCUACCAUGUGCUCUAUGCAAGGAUCAAGAUGGUGGCUCGAAUGAAAGAGCGCUUUCCCAUUUUGGCCCGACAGCCAAGACCGGAAGAGCCCACUGAAGCAGAAAAGGACCUCUUGAGGUCAUGCGUCUUGAAGAUCCAGACCUGGGGACGCGUCCUUCUGGCAAAGAAGAGACUUCAAGUAGCCCGAGAGCAGGCUGAUGAGCGGAUUGCAUAUUUGCUCUUCACAGUGGCGGUGUGA